GGAACAGGUUGCAUAUUGCGUUAACGCUAACGAAUAAGAAAAGAGGGACUCCAUGACUAUUUAUUUUGUUUAAAUCUUAAGCAAGUGAAUUAAAAGGUUGUUUUUUUUUUUUUUGCGAGGGAUUCCUAGGCUGGCUCUUUAGUACAUUAUGUUUGAUGUUUGAAUUAGUUUUUUUUGUUUGUUUGUUUGCUUUUGUUACUUUUGUUUAAAAUGAAUAAACAAGGACACUGAAAUAAAUAACACAUUUUAAAAAUACAGAACAUACUGAAAUAAAUAAAACAUUUUAAAAAAUGUGCAUGCGUUCCAUGGUAGUCUCGCCGAAGUAUAUGUAUUAUUAAUUUAUUUUACUGAAAUAAAAACAAGAAUUUAGUAACCGGCCUUGAGAGACUUUAUUUUUUGAGAACUUGAGAGCAGCAAAUAAGGCAGAGCAGAAUGUCUCCCGAGGAACCAUUUGUAUUAAAUCAUGAAAUUACCAACUUUGUCUUAUCAAACUUUUCCGGGAGCGAAAGCAUCAAUCACUCAACGGCCGUGUUUGACGAAUCCUGGUGGUACCCAGGGAUUGCAAUCACUGCUAUUUAUGGGCUCAUCAUUCUAGUAGGACUCGUCGGCAACAUUACUCUGAUCAAGAUCUUCUGCACUGUGAAGUCAAUGAGGAACGUUCCCAAUCUGUUCAUCUCGAGCCUGGCUUUGGGAGACCUGCUAUUGCUGGUGACCUGCGCCCCCGUGGAUGCUAGCAGGUACCUGGCGGACAAGUGGCUCUUCGGCAGAGUCGGCUGCAAACUCAUUCCGUUCAUUCAGCUCACCUCAGUGGGGGUGUCCGUUUUCACUCUUACUGCGCUGUCUGCAGACAGGUACAAAGCUAUUGUCCGACCCAUGGAUAUCCAGACCUCCCAUGCCACUGCAAAAAUAUGCAUCAGAGCUGCUUUCAUAUGGAUGUUCUCCAUGACUCUUGCCAUCCCUGAGGCAAUCUUUUCAGACCUUCACACCUUCUAUGUCCCAGAAACCAAUAAAACAUUCAUUACCUGUGCCCCAUACCCUCACUCAGACCUGCACCCCAAAAUCCAUUCCACGGUCUCAUUCCUUAUUUUCUAUGUCAUUCCUCUUGUCAUCAUUUCAGUAUAUUAUUAUUUCAUUGCCAAGAACCUGAUCAAGAGUGCGUCUAACAUGCCUGUGGAAGGCAACAUACAUGUGAAGAGACAGAUUGAGUCCAGAAAGAGGCUAGCAAAAACAGUGCUGGUAUUUGUAGGCCUAUUUGCAUUUUGCUGGCUGCCCAAUCACGUCAUCUACUUGUAUCGUUCAUACCACUACUCAGAAGUGGAUACUUCUAUGCUGCACUACAUAACCAGCAUCUGUGCCCGAAUCCUGGCAUUCGCUAAUUCUUGUGUCAACCCCUUCGCCCUUUACCUGUUGAGUAAAAGCUUUCAAAAACAAUUUAACAACCAGCUGUGCUGCUGCAGAGCAAGGCUGCUCAUCCGAACCCAGAGCAUGGGCAGGAGCACCACCAGAAUGACCUCGCUUAAAUCUACCAACCAUUCCGCUGCCAGCUUCAGUCUCAUCAAUGGAAACCACAUAUGUCACGAAGACUGUGUAUAGCAGCUCUGAACAGGAAGUGUGUCAUGAGCACAAUGGUAGUAGGUUUUGAGUGACAGUACUGUACCUGGUUACAACAGAAUGGGUUGAUGAUGCUUGACAAUGUUCCAUUAAAAUGGGUAGAUAACAAUCUCAUACGAUAGGAACAGGGCCCUAUUCACAAAGCUUUAACUAAUGUGCGACUUACCUUGUAACAGUACAACCAUGUGUUUGCAAGGGAAAUAGUAUAGUCAGUAGAGCGCAGGUUUCCUGAUGUUCGCUGUGAAUUCCGAAGGAAGUAUUUUAUUUACUCUGGUUGAGCUCCUUGGUGUAAAGUGGCAAUCAGAGGACACCCACUGACCUUCAGUUCUCCUAAGCUGGGGAGUUGCUGCACAGGGGGUUAAAUAAAAUAAAAUAAAACUCCUCUAAAACACACUCUAAGCCUUUGUGAAUUAGGCCCAUUAUGUAUUUCCAUUCUCUUUUAAACAACAUAUUUUUUAUAAAGUUAUACUUGUAGACCACAUGUAAGGAAUUGUAGAUAAGGGAUUGUAGGUAUGAAAUAUUUCAAGAAAACUUGCUGCUAUUAAAGAUAGCUGCCGUUUAUAACGCUGGUGGGACAGUAGCCAAGAAAUACUUUCCAUUUGCUUCGUCAAAUGCUUGGUUACUGAACCUGGAAAGACAGAAAGUAGCAGAAAAAUUGCUGAAAAAUUUGCAGUUGGAAAGACGUAAAUACAGAACAUUUUGAAAUGGAAAGUAGAACUGGGCAUAUUAAUUGCUUUCACAAAAUAAUUUAUUUGUAAAUAUAUUAUCUAAAUGUAAUUCAAUGACAGUACUUCCUUUUGUUCACAUUCCAUCUUGGAGUCUUUUACAGUGUAUUUUAAACAUACAUUCAGAAUUACAGGAAGGCAUGUCAGAGACACAUAGAAAAUAUAUGGGCCCUCUUUUAAGAGACCACCUGUGUUAAGAGGCCACUAUUUGACUGUCCCUUGACUGGUCUCUGAAUACAGGUUUGGCUGUAUAUAUAUAUACACACACACAAGGUUGGUGAAACAGAUAUUGUAUAUGUGUACAGAUAUGUACACAUAUGUGUACAAUUCUAUGACUAGACUAAACUAAAUGUGCACCAUUCUUGUAGGAUAUGUAGAAAAUGGCUUAUAUCCAGUUGUGGUGAAUAUGGUUAGAAUGUUUGAAGGACAAAUAACAAGACAACUGAGAUGAUCAAUAUCGGGAUAUGAAGAGGUCUCCUAUAUCUGGGGAUGUAAGAGAUAUAAUCCCUUAGGUAUGCAUGUAUGUGAAACUUACCUAGAGUGUGGAUAUUCUUUACCUUGUUAAUGAGAGUGUAAGGGUUAGGGUUAGGGUUAGGGUUAGGGUUAGAUAUAUGAAGAUAUAUGGAGGGACAUAUCCAUAUAUCUAGGUUGUGUUAAUCUACCUUUCCAUGAUAAUAUGAUUGUGUAGGUAUUUACAGUCUGUUACUAAGACAGUUGCUUAUUAUUAAAACUGGUUAAGUAACAAACAAGAAUCAACAAAUGUGUACACAGGGUCCCUUGAAUUAAGACACUGGUUUUGAUGUUCCUUUUAGAAAAAAAAGACUCAAGCUUAAUUUGCUUAAAUGGUUGUAUCUGUACUAAACUCUUGGGAAGUAACAUAGCAACACAUCGAAACCAUGUUAAAAUGGGGUUUCCACUUGAAUUACCAAGUUUAUGAAAUGUUUCUGAAGGAAUUACAUGAGCGUGUGAACUUAUUCUGCUGUCAGCAUUUUAUCAGCUAAGCUUUUCCUAUGGGAUAAUUAUUUUCUUUUCAUACACCAUUUAGACAACAAUAUUGAACUUACAUGCGUGAUCUAGCAGACAUAAACAGUUAGAAUUAACUGACAAACCUAUAGUCUGGACAUCGACGGUUCGAGUCCAGGCUAUUCCUAUGCCGACUGAGGACGGGAGCUUCCAGGGGGCGGCGCUCAAUUGGCCGAGCACCGCCUGGGGGGAGGGAGGGUUAGGUUGGCCAGGAUGUCCUUGGCUCACCACGCACCAGCGACCCCUGUGGUCUGGCCGGGUGCCUGCGGGCUUGCCUGUAAGCUUCCCAGAGCUGCGUUGUCCUUCGAUACUGUAGCUCUGAGGUGGCUGCAUGGUGAGCCUACAGUGUGUAAAGAAGUGGGUGGCUGACGGCACACGAUUUGGAGGAUGACGUGUGUUUGUCUUCGCCCCUCCCGAGUCAGUGCAGGGGUGGUAGCAGUGAGUUGAGCCUAAAAAUAAUUGGACAUUCUAAAUUGGGGAGAAAAUAACAAAAAACUAAUUGGCGACUACUAAAUAAUAAUAAUAAAAAAUACAUAAUAAAUAAUAAUUAACUGACAAUGACGUUGCCCUGAUUUCAGCUCAAUUAGGCCCUGACCCAAGUCAUUUGUGACAGCAUAUGUUGGGAAAGUGUGAAAAUAGGAUAUUUAUAAACAAAUCACAUCGGUUCACAAUAGGCAGUACUUUGAAAGCCAGUAUACAUUACCUGAACCCUACUUGUAAACAAAAGGGAUUAUUUAAAGACUUCUGUGUACAAACAAAUGUAAGGCACAUCGGAUUUGUUACAGAAUUACCAUGAGCAACCCUCUUUACAUUUAAGGUUGUAUUACUAAAAAUGUAUUUGAGGUAGAUAAUGAACUGUUUCAAAACUAGUACGACUCUCAGGGAGUUUAGAAAGCCUGUUUACAUUGUCUUGUGAACUUUAGGUUUGGCCAUUAAAAUAUACAGUUAAUAUUUAAAUGAUAAUACAGAAUACCUUUUACAAGGCACAGACUAAUUUGGACUAAAAGACUAUGUAUAGCAUUACUAAUACAAAAUAUUAGUGGCCCUUCCUACCAACUGUGAGCAGCAGACAUGCAAGAGACAUUUAACCAAGAGUGAAUCAUUAAGUGAAUUAACACUCUUAAUUGCUUUUGACAUUUGUUAUAAUUCCCAUAAAUGUUUCCUUCUGGUAAAAUUCAAUUAGACACACACAAAUUAAACAAUUUGUGUUAAUAAUUAGUUAUUUAGUAGAAUAAAUAGAAUAAAUUUUUGUAUUUAUUUAUUGUCCUUGUUAUACAGAGAGGCUUACUGUCUGCACACAAGCAGUUUUUCCUCUCCCAUGUUAAUGUAGAGGCAGACUAGAUGCAAAACAGCUAGAACCUGACUUGCUGCACAUUGGGGUUCUGAAGCUUUUAUUAAAGAACAGAAUUUAAACAUAUAUAUUUUUAUUUUAUUUUAAUCUAAUUUAAGCAGUUAAAAAGAUGUCUAGAUUUCUUAGUUCCAAAUGCACAGUUGACACAACAGGCACUGAGCCUCCAGGCAAUAUAUUCAGGCACUGGCUCGCUUGGUUGUCUAAUAGAAAGUGUUGCAAGGAGAUACUGUAAGUACUGUCUUGAGCAGCAGCAGAAAUUGUAAACUAGGGGGACAGUCUGCUAAGAAACAUUUUUUUUUUGUGCAUUGUAAAUUUAUCAGAAAUAAGAGAUAUGUGUGUACGUUUUCUUAUGAUGUGUAGUUUGUUCUAUUGUUAAAACUACAACAUGCUGGACAGAAAGACGUUUUGUAUUUAAAUGCUGUGAAACACAAAAUGAAUUUUCUUACUAUGAUGUAGCAGGAGUCUGUGACACAUGGAUGUACUUAGCGCAGCUUUAAUGUGUAGUUAAAAUAUACAGGCUUCUAUCUUCUGUGAUUACUGUGAAUGCAUUCUGGCAGUAAUGUAGUUUAGGUAUCAAUUUAAUAGCCCAUCUGGUUCAGGUUUUAAAUGUUAUUUGUACAUUAAAGCAUAUUUGUUUCUUUUGGAGUGGCACUUCACGUUAUCAGAAAGCAAAUCUUUUAAGUAAGAGAUUUUUUUUUCCCAUAUCAUUUAAUCCGGCCUACUUUUACCAGUCACAUCCACAUUAUGCUUUCUGGGAGCUGAAUUUAUGAUUGCAGGGUUUCCAAAGCUCUAUACUUUGUCAUACGUAUGUACUGCAAUCUGAUCAUUGCAAUCAAAGUUAAUAACCUUUGGUUAGUUUCAUGGUAGAAAGUAAAGGUUUCUUGUGGGAUGUUCAAUCAUUAAUAUGAACAAAUGCAUUUUUCAAGAUUGGCGUGAGGUAGACAGAGGAUCAUGAUGACAAAUGUGUUUUUCAAGUUCACCCCCAAUAUUGUUCUAUCUGAUUGAGAUCGGGGGGAUUGUGGUACCUGACGUCUCUGUCAUGAUCCUCAAAUCAUUUGUGCACGUUUUUGGCAUAGUCGGUGGAUGCAUUAUCAUCUUGAAAGUAGCCAUUGCCAUUAGCAUUCAAGUUCAGCAUUGUCUGUGGACUUGAUCCACAACAAUGCUUAAGUAAAUGAAGCUUCACAGGUCCUAAUAAAGUGGCCAGGCAGUGGACACAGUACUACAUACUUCACUGAAUUCCCAUUACCUAGCAUUCUGUUGCAUGUGUAUAUCCAUGGUGGUUAAUGUAAAAUAUAUAUUUUUCUAAAUAUAUAUAAAAAAUAAAUAAAAAACAUUUCGUUUGUGAGAUUAAAAUAAGCAUAUACUGAGUUUGUAUGUAAUAUUAAAGAAAAGAAUAUAUUUAAUGUAGAGUAUUAUUAAUUACAGUGUAAUGCAUCACACAACCAUUUUAAUAAAACCACAACUGUACCAAAAUGUAUUACAAUGUUUAUUUCGAAAUGUUGUCUUUAUGUGAUUAAAAUAUUAAUAUACUAACUAUUAUGAAAUGUUUUUGCCAUAUUUUAUUUAGUUAAUUAUUUGUGGAAUUUUAACAACAUGUUGUCAUUAAAUUCAUAUAUUGCUUGGAAUUGCAAAAAAAGCUUUCUUCACAACAAACCCAACUAUGUUCAAUUGUGAAUUAUUAAUAUCUCUUCCUAUACUGUCACACACUGCAAUAGCACUUCAUACCUUGUUGAAAGAGGUACAGUACAGUUUAAUUAAACAUUUCUCUAUAAACAAUACAAUACUUUUUCAUCUACAGUCAUGGAAGUUAGUAUUAAGUUGCCUAGAAACAUCCCAAUUCAUUUUGUGCUAUUCUUCACCCUUAUACAAGUUUACCAUUGUAUUUUUGCACUUUUACCAAUGCUUUUUCCAUGGUAAUACCAUGUAUUAACCAUAAUUUACCCUGGUUUACCAUGUUUAUUAAUAUGCUUGACCAUACCUCACUGUUCUUUACAUUGCUUCCCUAUGCUUUACCAUGCUUUCAAUAUGCUUUAUUACACUUUGCUAUGUUUUUACUAUGGUAAACUUUUAUAAGGGCAGCUUCUAGACUAAAAUAUAAUAUCCUAAUUUAAUGGAGUUUAUGUGGUAUUCCCAGCAUUUGGACAAUGACAGUGUAUGGAGAGUAGAAUUAGCCCCGAGGUUCCUCUCUAGGCUGAUGGGAGCACCCUUGUGGUGGGGAGGCAGAAGGUUGGUGACCUUCCAAGGAACAGAGCCAAAUAUAAAUGCUCAAGCUAUGAGAUAAAUAGAGGCUCCUGUAACCCUUUCUCUUUUAACUUGACAAGGCUGUGUUCACUAAAUUAUUGGAUAUGAAAAAAAACCUUAAUGGCCUCAUUUGACAAACUGUUCUAGUUUCCCAUUCUAUGGCUGUGUCAUAUCUCUUGCAAAAGUUUACCAUAGUGAUAGAAAAGUGUAGUAAAACAUAGUGAAAACCUGGUGAAGCAUAGACAAGCAGUGUAAAGCCCAGAUAAAAGCAUAUGGUAAAACUAUACUGAUGCAAAUGUACUGUGGUAAACAUUUAUAAGGGAUUCCUUGCUGCACAAACAGUAGGGGUCAGAGUGAGUGCAUCAUUUUUCAUUGGUUCAUUAUGCUCAUUGGUCAUACUUUGCACAUGCUAAAAGCAGAAAUUGUGUACAGAAACUAAAACAGUAAAACAAAUUGUAUUUACUUACCAACCCAAUUUAUCAGUGAUAAGCACUCGGUUUUUAGUUUCUUCCAAUCUUUUUUCCCGAGAUAACAGCUUGUUGGUUGAAGAGAGUGUCUGUACAAAUUACAAAAGAAGAUGAACUAUCUGCAACUAUAAAUUGGUAUAUAUGCUCAUACUAUAGUAUACAAAUAUUAAUUGGCCUUGAGGCUUAUAGGGCUCAGUUAUUGUCCAAAGGCUUGAGAAGGUUACCUUUCCAACCAAGGGGCAAUAUAUUUCACCAUAAUGGGAAAACUCCAGUCAUUAUAUAUUUUUUAUUAAAUCUGUGAUGAGAGAAGGCAAUUGAUUUAUGACUAUUGACUGCAGUAGAAAUACCAGAGGGGCAAUAUUUCUUUUACAUUAGGUUUAUCAAGAUACAGGGUGAUUAGAAAGUAGCUUUACCACAUCAAUAAUACUUACUUUCUAAUCACCCUGUACUAUACAAAAUUUUUGCAACAGAUAUUAUAAUGCUUAUUUAUUUAUGUGUUUAUUUAUUUAUUUACCAGAGUUAUAUACCAGCUAAAGCGAAGCCCUUUUUAUUUUGACUAACGACCUUGUGUAAUUUUACAGUAUUGUUCUCUAUUUGUUGUGUCAAAUUAUAGUGUUUUUAAACAGACACAAAUGAGCAGUGACAUCAGAUACUGUAAAGAGUUUGAAUUAUUUCGUUUCUCUGCUGGUCAAAAAAAAAAAAAAUCAGCUAACAACAUUAUUGCUAUGUUAGUGAAUAUAAAGAAAGAAAAAGAGGGUUUUAACUAUUGCUUUUACCUAAUACAGUAUGCUCCAAGACUUGAAACUCAAAGUCACAUACACUGUAAAUAUACUCAAAGGCAUAUGGUACAUGAUGUACACUUGUUUCAACUCUUUCAAAAUUCUGUUCUUUUUAAGGUUAUUUUGCACUUCUUUACACGUAAAGCUAAAUUGAGUAUGCUAACCAUGUACUGUAUGCUGGAAACUGAUGAAUCAAAUUGUCUUUAAUGAAAUUUGUAGUGGUAGCAUACACAUGCCUUGUAUUGGAUUUGUGUGUGGUGCUUUAUUUGAUGUGUGGCCAAAUCAAUAUAGAUUCUGUAAGACAAAGAAAGUUACUUUAUUGUUAUCUACAACAAAGAUUUGUAUACAGUUCCACAUCGAAAAUAAACAAAAU